GUAUCAUAUAAGAGCACUUGAAGUAUUCAACACACCUGGACAUGGCCUCUCGUGACGAAAUCUACGACGUGUGUGUGGUGGGGGCCGGUAUAGAGGGAAGUUCAGCAGCUCGAUACCUUGCUUCGAGAAAGAAAAAGACUCUCCUCUUGGAACAGUUUCCUCUUCCCCAUGCGCGUGGAAGCUCACAUGGUCAUAGCAGGAUUGUGCGCUAUGGUUAUCCAGAAGAUUUUCACGUAGCAUUGAUGCCAGAGGCCUUUGAAAUGUGGAGUGAAAUUGAAAAGAAAUUUGGAAAACCCCUUCUCAAGAGGUGUGGUUUAUUAACAAUAGAUGAACCUCCCUAUGCAGAUGUAGCACGGGUAAUAACUAACGUACAAGGUGUAGGUCAGGAAUGUAUUCCACUAUCAUCUGAUGAGAGCAGCAAAAGAUUUCCAGGUUUAAAUAUAUCCCCAGAUGAGUCUUGUGCUCUGGAGCCCGGCAGUGGAUUAAUUGAUGCCAAUAGUGCACUUAAAGCACUGCAGGAACAAUUUGUGGAAUUUGGUGGAAUUUUGUGUGACAGGGAGAAAGUGUUGGAUAUUGAGCCAGGCUCUGUGGUCACCAUUAAAACAGUCAACAACACCUACAAGGCAAAGAGUGUUGUCAUCACUGUUGGUCCUUGGGUGAACAAGGUUCUUAAUCCUCUUGGUGUUACAAUACCUCUUAGCAUACAAAGGAUGAGUGUUUGUUACUGGCCAGUUACUGAACCCCAUCUCUACUCUGCUGACAAGUUUCCUGUCUUCAUAUUUUGUACUCCUCUUGGACAAAGAGAUACUCAUGUUUAUGGGUUUCCAGUAAAUGAGUAUCCUGGACUUAUAAAGAUAUGUCCUCAUAAAGGUACAGAGAUACCCAGUCCUGAACUCAGAGAUUCUGGUGCACCAGAAAAGGACCUCAAUGUUCAAUUUACAGCUGAGGUUAUUAAGGCUCAUUUUCCUGGUGUGAAGCCAGAACCAAGCAUUGUGGAGUCAUGUAUUUAUUCAGUUACUCCUGAUCAUCUGUUUGUGAUGGACAUGCACCCAGAAUUUAGGAAUAUUAUAAUUGGUGCAGGCUUUUCAGGGCAUGGUUUCAAAAUGGCACCUGUAGUGGGAAAGAUCCUGUCACAGAUGGCUCUUGGUGAGAAAGUAUCGUAUGAUGUCCUGCCUUUUAGGCUGUCCAGGUUCAAAAGCUUUGGAAGAAGUAAAUCUUCACUGUAGAACGCUUCAAACAGCAGCUUUCCUUUUGAGUGUGAACUGGACUGAUUUCAGGCAUGAGUUUGGACAAUAAGGGAUUUCUUUUAGAGUAAAAAGAUCUUGAUAUAAUACAAAUCACGUGAAUUUUGUCAUCGAUCAGUUUGUAGCCGAGUGUUCUGUCAGCAGUAAGUCAGUGCAAAACAAAGAGUGGGACGCUUUUACCAGGAAGUUUUUAUUUUCAUUCGAUACGAUUAUUUACACCUGAGGGAGCUACGUUGUGAUUUCAGAAUCUCAAAAGUUUAAGAUGGUGAAAUCUACUUAAUUCCGUUUAAAUCUUUAUAUUUUUAGCCCUUUCAUUGAUUUUUAUGAAUUUUACCCUUCCUGACUAAAAUGUGCCAACAAACAAUACUAAUGAAGAUUAACAUAUUCUCAUAUUAAAAUGUGCUUAGAACGUCGCUCAUCGGAGCAAUCGAUCAUUAAAUCGAGGCUCUUUACUUGGUAAUAGGUUUGAUCUUACGGUGGACCGUUUGAAGAUUUAGGAAAUGUCAAGUGUAAGAAAGAAUUACCUGUUGUAGACUCAUAGAAAAUUUAGUGAAUCAAAACGGUUGGGUCAUCCUCGGUGUAAACACCUGACGAGGUUUUCUCUGUUUCAUGAGGUAUUGUUUUGCGGUACGCUAUUGU